AUGGAAGAUGAGCAUGUGAAUGUAUUUGAUAACUCCAGUGAUGAAGAAGACACAUAUAUAAAAGCCGGUUUCGGCAGUUCUAGACCUGAACAUAAAAGAAAAAGAGUGUCCAGUACACCAGAUAGAGAGGAAACCCCGGUGAGUACGCCUCAGAACAAUGUGAUUAUUAAAUGUAUUAAGACAAAGCUGGGAAACAAAAACCCCAUAAUGAUUCAGAAAUCUUUAUCUGCAGUGUCAGGCUAUCCAGUUAAAGGAGUUAGAGCUAUGCCCAACGGUGACCUGAUGGUAACCUGCUUAGACUCCCAGCAGAAGAAAAACUUCCUAAAGUGCAGUAAAUUAGGUGAGUUUGUAGUUACCAUAAAGGAGCCAGUCUCCAUAAACAGAACUGAUGGAGUUAUAUACGGAGUUACGCCCGACCUGUCCGAGGCUGAUAUAGUAGACACUCUAAAAGAAAAUGGGGUCACAAAAGCCCUACGUAUGAAAGGUAGAGCGUACGACACUGCAGAUAGCAGCACAACAGUAAAGCUGACUUUUAAUGAUAAAGUGUUGCCAGAACGAGUAAACAUAGGUUACCGUUCAUACCAAGUUAAACUAUAUGUUCCACCUCCUUUGAGGUGCUAUAAAUGUAACCGGUAUGGUCACAUGGCGGUUAACUGCAAGGGGAAACAAAGGUGUCAGAAAUGUGGAGGUGACCACAAAGUUUCCGAGUGUGAAAACACAGAAAAAAAGUGUGUAAACUGUGGGGGGGAUCACAGUGCGGCAUACGGGGGAUGCCCAGCCAGAAAAAAGGCAAUUGAAAUUAUAAAAAUUCAAACAAAAGAAAGAUGUACCCGUCGCGAAGCGGUAAUAAAAUCCUUUGCACAGGUCGUAACCGGAAACGCGCCGACUGAAAAAGGCGUGCGUACAAACGAUAUAGUGGACGUCGAUGUCCAAGACACCCGAUCGUCCUACCGUCCAUCCGCCCGUCCAUCCGUACAACCCCCACAAGGUCCACAGGAACCAACAGUAAAUAUACCUGUACAAAAGCUAAUUACAUUAGCUAUAUCAGUAUAUAGCAAAUACCAGUCUGGAGAAACAUGGCCAGCUAUAAUUAUGUACAUCCUUGGUCAGCUUGACACCCUAUUUAGUGUCAAAGUUGAUCCUUCAACUAUUCCCAUUGAUAUGUCACAAACAUAA